CGAAAAUCGGAAAGCGUAAAUUUUCACCAUUCCCAAGGGAGGGAGGGAGGGAGGGAGCCAGCCGUCCAUCCACAUACCCAGCAGAAAGAAGCUGCUGCUGCUGCACUGUUCAGUGUUAUAUAGUGUGUGAAGAAAAUUCUCUCCUUGCUCUGAAAUAAAUUGUGCGUAUGGGGAGUGUGUCGUCGGAAGAGGGGUGCGGUCAGCGGAGCCAGCGAUGCGGCGGCGCUAGCUACAGUCCAAGCGCCGACGUCAGCGAGUCCGACACUUCUUCUAGUACCUUCGCCGCUUCUCCACCCUUCCCAGUCUCUUCCGUUCCCGUGCCACCGCUCACGCCUUCCUGUGCCAAAGAUUUGCUCCUUUGGAACCGCCAAUCUCAUUUAUCCGCUGAACUGAUGAAGGAGAGAUUUGCUAAGCUUCUUCUUGGUGAGGACAUGUCUGGAGGAGGUCAAGGGGUGUGCACAGCACUUGCCAUCUCAAAUGCCAUAACUAAUCUUUCUGCAACUAUAUUUGGGGAACUCUGGAGAUUAGAGCCGUUACCUACACACAAGAAGGACAUGUGGCAUAGGGAGAUGGAGUGGCUUUUAUGUGUGAGUGAUUCCAUUGUUGAGUUUGUACCUUCAACACAACAGUUUCCUGGAGGAGGAGGGCCCAUGUAUGAAGUAAUGGCAACACGGCCCCGAUCUGAUCUAUAUGUCAACCUCCCUGCCCUCAAGAAGAUUGAUGCUAUGCUGCUUUCCAUUCUUGAUGGCUUUUCUGAAACAGAGUUUUGGUACGUUGACCGUGGGUUGGUUUUAGCUGCAGAAUCAGACAAUUCCUAUUCCUAUUCGUCAGGGAGGCCUUCAGUUAGGGAGGAAGACAAGUGGUGGCUUCCUUGCCCUAAAGUCCCACCCAAGGGGUUGUCAGAAGAUGGAAGAAAGAGAUUGCAACAAUGCAGGGAUUGCACCAACCAGCUACUGAAGGCCGCUUUGGCUAUUAAUAGUAGUGUUCUUGCUGAAAUGGAGACCCCUAGAGCCUAUUUGGAAACCUUGCCCAAGUCAGUCCAUGCAAAUUUUGACUCGAUUUUCACCGUGGGACACCCGGAAACCGUUUCUCCCUGCCUUAAUACAGGAGCGGAAAAACGUGCUUGGGUGAUUUUAUUUAUCACAACAUCACCUCUGACAACUUUUCUCCUGAAAGUCUUCUUGAGUCCUUGGACUUAUCCACUGAGCAUCACUCACUUGAAGUGACUAAUAGAAUUGAAGCUGCAGUGUAUGUAUGGAGGCUGAAAGACCAAAAAAACCAUUUGAAUCCUCAAAAACCGAAGCACAAAACCUGGGGAGGUAAGGUCAAGGGUCUUGUAGCUGAUGUUGGUAGGUACUAUUUUCUGGCUGAGCGAGCAGAAACCCUUUUACAUAACUUGAGGCUUUGCUUCCCUGGUCUACCUCAAACUGCUUUGGAUAUGUAUAAGAUUCAGUACAACAAGGAUGUAGGCCAGUCAAUUCUUGAAAGCUACUCAAGGGUGAUGGAGAGCUUGGCAUUCAACAUCAUGGCAAGGAUUGAUGAUGUCUUAUACGCAGACGACAUGACCAAGAGCUGUGCUGCAAAUGUAUCUUCUUCCAUCUUCAACCACAGAGGUAUGGGUGGUCACCCGAUCCAAAAACGGAUGUUGCCCAGCCCAUUCUGCAUUCAUCACACCCAUUACACCUCCCCGUUUUCCACCCCAACAUAUUGCUCGUCUCCUACCUUGACGGGCAGUCCAAAAAGAACACUUUCUUCUCUUUCAUCAAAGAAAGAUAAGGCAAAACUAUGGACCCAUGCUACUACUAAUCUUAAUGCCAUAAUCGCAUCUAAGGAUGCCCCAGAACGCGAUUGAGAUUUGUGGAGAUGUCUUCUUAUUUGUAGUGUAAUUUGUUUAUAAUCAGAUGAAGCUAUGAUUAUUAGCAUAUUUAUCUUAUUAAUCACCUGCAUACCUAAAUUAGGUGAUUAGAUAUGGUCCCUAUUGCAACUAAGAAACUAAGAUAAUUGUAUGCACGUGAGUCACACCAUUACUUAAGGGUUCCAUUGUUAUCUCUCUUAAA